AUGACAGUCGCGGACUGUGACGUCAUCUUCACCAUCGAUCCUGGAGCUUCUGUGAAUGUUUUACCUGUGACUGUAGUUCAAGACAAGAUUGGUGAACUCCAACCCACAACCAAGAAUCUCAAGAUGUGGAACAACUCCGACGUUACUCCACUUGGGUCAAUACGACUCUCUGUAAGCAACCCAGCUAAUAUGAAGAAAUACAAUGUCGAAUUCACAAUUGUCGAGGAUGAGUUGACCCCUCUUCUUGGUGUACGUGCAGCUACACAGAUGGGACUUGUGUCGUUCAAUGAGAAUAACAUUGAGCGAGUGUCUUACGUGCAAAUUGAGGACAACUACAAAGAUGUUCUUCAAGGGACUUUAGGUAGUUUUGACGGCACCGUCCAUCUCUCUGUGGAUGACACUGUGACCCCUGUUGUCAUGCCCUCUCGUCGUGUGCCGAUUGCUCUCCGUCCGAAACUGAAAGCUGAACUGGAUCGUAUGCAGAAACUUGGUGUAAUUGCUCCGGUCAGUCAGCCCACUCCAUGGGUAAGCCAAAUCGCCAUUACUCAAAAGCGCUCAGGUGAUCUCAGGAUUUGUCUUGACCCACAAGAACUCAAUAAAGCACUCCAACGGGAACACUAUAUUCUUCCCAUUCUUGAGGACACUCUCCAUGAACUCAGACAGUCUCGUGUCUUCUCCAAAGCCGAUCUCUCAUCUGGAUACUGGCAUUGUGUACUCGAUGAAGAAUCCAGCUUCAUCACUACUUUCCAAACCUGUUUCGGGAGGUACAGGUGGCUUAGGCUCCCUUUUGGAUUGAAUGUCUCAUCUGAGAUAUUCCAACGCAAACUCACUGAAGCGUUAGAUGGUCUACCUGGCGUAGUGUGCAUCGCCGACGACGUACUCAUACAUGGAAAAGAUGUCAAUCACCAUGAUGAGAACCUCAAGCAGUUCCUUACUCGAUGUCGAGAAAAGAACAUUCAACUUAACCCCAACAAGUUAGAGCUCAGACUCAGUGAAAUCACAUUCAUGGGUCAUGUGAUCACGAAAGACGGACUCAAGUCGGAUCCAGAGAAGGUCAGGGCCAUACAUGACAUGCCUGUCCCUUCCAACACUGAGGAACUACGUCGCUUCCUUGGGCUAGUGAACUAUGUAGCCAAAUUUCUCCCAAACCUGACUGAAGUCACAACUGCAAUGCGCAACCUCACGAAGAAGGAUGUACCCUGGACAUGGUCCAAGUCUCAACAAGACUCCUUCGACAAGGUCAAGUUUCUAGUCUCAUCUACUCCUGUAUUGUCGUUCUAUGACCCAGCAAAACCAGCAACUCUUGAGAAUGACGCCUGUGAACAUGGACUUGGUUCUGUGCUAUUACAGGAAGGCCGUCCUGUCGCAUAUGCUAGUCGCUCUUUAACUGAUGCAGAAAGGCGUUAUGCGCAAAUUGAGAAAGAACUACUUGCAGUAGUCUUCGGCCUACAGAAAUUCCAUCACUAUACUUAUGGCCGACACGUGUCUGUCAUCACAGAUCACAAGCCUCUUGUCGCCAUAGUGAGAAAACCUUUGUCAAAAGCUCCUACUCGUCUCCAAAGUCUCCUACUCAGAACUCAAACCUACAACUUUGACCUCCAGUAUCAACCAGGAACCACUAUUUCAAUUGCGGAUACUCUCUCUCGAGCUCCUCUACCUGACAAGACACAGCUAGAGCCUGUACAGGUGAACAGUGUGAUGUACACAAACAUCACAGACCACAGCCUUGAUCAGAUCAAAGCAGCUACUUUGACUGACGACAUACUCUCUCAACUCAAGACCGUCAUUGUGCAAGGCUGGCCUGAUAUCAAGAAUGAUCUCUCGCCUGAACUGAGGACCUACUUCAGUUAUCGUGAUGAACUGACUGUGCAUGAUGGUCUCCUUCUCCGUGGAUCACGCGUUGUGAUUCCUGCCUCAAUGCGUGAAGAGCUGAAGAGAAAAAUUCAUGUGGGACACAUGGGAAUCAACUCUUGUCUCGGACGUGCUAAGAGUACAGUUUUCUGGCCCCUGAUGUCAAGUGACAUCAGACAGUACAUAGAAUCUUGUGACAUAUGCCAGAAGUUUUGUGACAAGCAUUCUCCUGAACCACUCUACAUGCAUGAAAUUCCUGAUCACCCCUGGGAAAAAGUUGGAAGAAACUACUUGGUAACCACCGACUACUACAGCAACUUCUUCGAGUUAGACUUCCUACCAGACACUACCUCAGAAACAGUGCUCCACAAACUGAAGCAUCACUUUGCCCGCCAUGGCAUUCCUCGCGUCAUCAUCAGUGAUGGCGGUCCACAAUUCACAAGUGAGAAGUUUAAGACAUUUUGUGAAACAUGGGGCCUUGCUCACGAGCUAUCCAGUCCCGGGAACAGCAAGGCGAAUGGAGCCGCAGAAGCUGCUGUGAAAGUCGCUAAGCGAAUGAUGAGAAAAUGCAGAGAAGCUAAAGAAGAUCCCUACCUAGGACUCUUAAACAUUAGAAAUACUCCUACUGAAGGUAUGGAGACCAGCCCAGCCCAACGCCUGUUUGGACGUUCAACGAAGACUCAACUGCCAAGCCCGGUCUCCAACCUCAAGCCUUUGUCUGAGACCAACACCACAGCCGACCUGGUCGACAGACGCAUGAACGUGCUUGCCAGACAUAACCGCAAAAUACUCUGGUAA